AUCAAACUUUAUGAAAUGAGAUCAGAAAUCGUUUGGAUACGCUAAGGAUUUUAAGGGUCGUAUACUGUAUACAUCGGCAUGGCAGAGAAAAAUUUCAACAACACAGUGAUACCUCUUGAUGAUACAAAAGAUGCAAAUAAAGAAUUGGCAAAUGGAAAAGUUGAAGAGGAUGGUGAGAGUAAGAAGGAUGGAGAGAAAGAAGAAAAGAAAGAAGAACAAAAAAUGGUUGGGGCUCUAGAAAUAUUUAAGUACGGAACAUGCUUUGAUUAUUUCUUGAUGAUCUUCGGAUCGUUCUGUGCAGUCUGUCAUGGAGCUGCCCUGCCCAGUAUGAUCAUCGUGUUCGGAGAUAUGACAGACACCUUUGUCAACUCAGGGAUCUAUUAUAACUGGCUUCAAAGUAUAUCAGCUUAUCUGGCAAGUGUUGGAAUCACCAUUAAUCAGGCUGUAGCCAAUCCUUCUAUUCUCAGCUCACACAAAACAGCUCUGGCGGCCGCUCCGUAUAAUGUGACAGAUUUCAGCUCCCUGGACAAAGCUAUUUCAGAGGAUCUGCUGGACACUAUGACCGUCUUUGUUUAUUAUUACAUAGGCAUUGGGGGAGGCGUCCUUAUUUUUGGGUAUGGUCAGUUAGCCUGCUGGGUGACAGCGGCUGAGAGACAGACACACAGGAUUAGGAUCGCCUUCUUUAGGAACAUCAUGAGACAGGAGAUUAGCUGGUUUGAUACACAUGACUCCGGGGAGCUGAAUACCAGACUGUCUGGUGAUGUCAAUAAAAUCCAGACCGGUAUCGGGGACAAGAUGGGGAUCUUUUUCCAAUGGUUUUCCUCCUUCCUUACCGGGGUGGUUAUCGGUUUUGUGUAUGGCUGGAAGCUUACCCUGGUCAUCCUGGCCUUCAGUCCACUCAUUGUGAUAGCAGCUCUCAUCCAGGACAAGCUGAUCACAGCAGCGUCUUCCAAGGGUCUGGAUGCAUAUGCCAAAGCAGGAGCCGUAGCUGAUGAGGUUCUAGGUGCUAUCAGAACAGUGGUCGCCUUUGGGGGACAAGACAAAGAAUGUGACAGAUACAACAAACACCUGAGUGAUGCCAAGAAGACCGGAAUCAGAAAGGGUCUAACUGUCGGGUUCUCUAUGGGUCUUAUCUACUUCAUCAUCUUCUCUGUUUAUGGGUUUGGUUUCUGGUACGGAGCCAAAUUGGUGAGAGAGGACAGUGACUACACCCCAGGAAAUGUCCUCAUUGUGUUUUUCAGCAUAAUGAUAUCAGCCUUUGCUCUGGGGUAUGCCACGCCCCCACUGGGGAAAUUCUCUGAGGCCAGAGGAGCAGCUUAUACUGUGUUUCAGCUAAUCCAGCAGGUUCCAGAAAUUGAUUCUUCCAGUGAUGAUGGCUUAAAACCUGAUGGGGUCACGGGGAAUGUGGUGUUACGGAAUGUAAAAUUCCGAUAUCCGGCAAGACCGGAAGUGCAGGUUUUGAAAGGUGUGUCACUAGAGAUCAACAGAGGGGAAACUGUGGCCCUGGUAGGAUCAAGUGGUUGUGGCAAAAGUACCAUCAUACAACUCAUUCAGAGGUUUUAUGAUCCAGAGGAAGGGGAGGUCUGUUUGGAUGAUAAUAAUUUGAAGACUUUGAAUUUGAAAUGGCUUAGAAAACACAUUGGAAUUGUGAGUCAGGAGCCAGUAUUGUUCGCCACAACAAUUGCAGAGAACAUUCGUUAUGGGAAAGAAGGUGUUACUGAUGAGGAGAUACAGGCUGCCUGCAAAAUGGCAAACGCUCAUGAAUUCAUCAUGAAGUUUCCCGAUAAAUAUGAUACCUUGGUUGGAGAGCGCGGUGCCCAGAUGAGUGGGGGACAAAAACAGAGGAUCGCUAUUGCCCGGGCUUUAGUGAGAGACCCCAGAAUCCUCCUCCUGGAUGAAGCAACUUCAGCCCUGGACUCUGAAAGUGAAUCUGUGGUACAAGAGGCUCUAGACAAGGCUCGAGCUGGUAGGACCACAAUUGUUGUUGCUCAUCGUUUGUCCACAAUAAAAACUGCUGACAAGAUUGCGGGGUUCCAACAGGGGGAGCUCGUAGAGAAAGGAACUCACGAUCAGCUGAUGCAGAAAGGAGGCGUGUAUGCCACACUCGUCAACAUGCAGACUAAAAAUCAAACAGUUGAUGAAGAAGAGGAAGAAUUGAUUGCUGAGUUUGCGGGUGGAAACGACAAGAAACCUGAGAAAGCGGACAACAAAUUGCAGCGCCAACAUACAGUACACCAUUUACCCGUGGAGAAAGAAACUAAAGAAACUGAGGAAAAGGACAAGAAAAAGGAGAAAAAGGAGGAGGAGGAGGAGGCAGGUAUUGGACGUGUCCUAAAGAUGAACGCCCCGGAGUGGCCAUUCAUACUACUGGGGAGUCUGGGAGCCAUCGUCAAUGGAGGCGUACAACCAGCAUUUGCCAUCAUCUUCUCAGAAAUUCUUGGAACCUUUGCUAUCUCUAGCAACAGUGAACAAGAAGACAAGGUGUUAAUGUGGACAUUGCUUCUGGUGGGGGUGGGGGCUGCCAGCUUUCUCACAUUUCUUCUUCAGGGAUUCAGCUUCAGUGUGUCUGGGGAGAAUCUUACAAUGAGACUGAGACAAUCGUGUUUCCGUGCAUUACUGAGACAGGAUAUCGAGUACUUUGAUGAUCAGAAAAAUUCCACCGGAGCCCUGACUACCAGGCUAGCCACAGAGGCUGCAGAAGUCCAGGGGGCCUCAGGAGCACAACUGGGAACCAUGUUACAGAACUUUGCCAACAUAGGAACUGGUAUCAUUAUUGGUUUUGUGUAUGGCUGGCAGUUAACUCUAGUCAUUCUAGCAUUUAUCCCAAUCAUUGGAAUAGCUGGUGUUCUUCAGAUGAAACUUCUGGAGGGAGUUUCAGGUCAAAAUAAGGAGGCUUUGGAAGAGUCUGGCAAAACAGCCACAGAAGCCAUAGAAAACAUCCGUACGGUAGCCAGUCUGUGUCAGGAGGACAUGAUGGUAGAGAGGUACAAAUCACAGCUGGACACUCCCUAUAAAUCCGCCCUUAAAAAGUCCCAUCUAACAGGGAUUGCCUUCGCUGCCUCCACUGCUGUCAUGUUCUUUGCCUAUGCCACCGCCUUCUAUUUUGGUGCUUACAUGAUAGAGGAAAAUGAAAUGACAUUCACCGAUGUGUUCAAAGUAUUCAGUGCUAUUGUGUUUGGUGCAAUGGCUAUGGGUGAGGCGAGCGCUUUUGCACCUGAUGCUGGGAAGGCCAAGAAAUCUGCUGCAUUAAUCUUCAAGCUACUAGACAGAGAGCCAAAGAUUGAUCCAUACUCUGAGGAAGGCAUCAAAGAUGAGAGUUUCACUAGUGCAGUGUCAUUCAGAAAUAUUCACUUCCGCUACCCAACUCGCCCAGAUGUGGAGGUCCUGCAGGGUUUGAAUUUAGAGGUGACCCCCGGGGAGACUUUGGCAUUGGUGGGUGCCUCUGGGUGCGGCAAGAGUACCACAAUGCAGCUGAUAGAGAGAUUUUAUGAUCCUGAGACUGGUGAUGUGUUACUGGAUAAGAAUAAUUUGAAAGAUCUGAACGUCCAGUGGCUGCGUCGUCAGAUUGGAAUCGUGUCCCAGGAACCAGUGUUGUUUGAUUGCAGUAUUGCAGAAAAUAUCGCAUACGGGGAUAACUUCAGAGAGGUUCCAAUGGCGGAGAUCAUUGAGGCUGCUAGAAACGCUAAUAUUCACGAGUUUAUCCAGUCUUUGCCCAAUGGCUAUGACACACUGUGUGGUGACAAGGGGACACAACUCUCAGGUGGACAGAAACAGCGAGUGGCCAUUGCUCGUGGACUGGUCAGAAAUCCCAAGAUUCUUCUGUUGGAUGAAGCCACUUCUGCCCUCGAUACAGAGAGUGAAAAGAUUGUCCAAGAAGCCCUUGACAAAGCACGAGCGGGAAGAACGUGUAUCGUUAUAGCUCACCGACUUUCCACGAUCCAGAACGCCGACAAGAUCUGUGUCAUCAAACACGGAGAAGUGGCCGAGCAAGGUCGACAUGGAGAGUUAAUGUCCAAACAGGGCAUUUACGCUCGCCUGGUCAACACGGCAAACAAAAGGGGAAAGAAUUAACAACAGAGAAAACUUAGAUUUUUUCAAAGACUUAUGUUUUGUUGAUAUUUGGGGUGUACAUCUAUUUCUUUUUAUAAAGAAGUCAAACCCCGAUCAGCUUUAUUUCUGUGGUUGUAUGCAGGUCCUCAAAGUUUGGCAGAUUAAGCAAUUUGCUCUUAAACUUUUUAACAUUGUGUUUUGAAGUGUUAUGAAUGUUAACAAACUUUUGUCAUGUCUAAUCUCAAUUGUUUUGGAUUUGUAUGAAAUGUAUUAAAUUAAUAUAUGGUAGAAUUGUAGCUCUGUAAACAGUGUUUAAAGAUUUCAUGUGUUUGAAUUACUAUCAAAUGAUAUUUAUUUAUUUGUACAUGUACAUAAAGAGAAGAGAAUUACUGUAUAUUUCUAUACUCAUUUACAGGUCAGAUGGUAGGUAUGGGAUUAGGUGCUCUUUCUCACAUGACAAUACUUACGUUAAUAUACACACUUCCGACACAUACUCUUGACUAUAGUGCCAAGAACAUACAUCUGUAUUAAGUAUAAAGGUAUAGAAUUACAUCAUUCUGUGGACUUGUAAACAGUAUCUUGUGAGUAGGCUAAAUUUUUCAACAUCUUUUGAUGAUUUCUGUUAGAUAUGAGUCGAGACAGCAUUUUGUGCUAUACAUGUAAACACGGGUAUCUUGUAUUUAUUUUGUAAGAGAAAUGGCAUAUAUAUAUAUAUCAACACUAGAAUUACUUUGCACUUUAAAGGUUGUUGUAAAGUUUUCUUAUAGAAUAAUGGAAUGACACCUUAAUUUAUAGUUUUGUAAAAUUGUAACCAACUUUCUUUUCAUUGUGAUGAGCUAUGUUUAUUUCUAGAAUCCUUUUACAUGUACAAUAUAAUGAACAUGUAACAUGUAUUAAUUAGAUAUAAAACAAGCAUCAUACAUGUACAUGUAUAUUUAAGUGCCUGAUUUUUUUUCAAUUAUUCAACAACCAAGAGUAUCAUCCAAUUAUUUUUUGGCAGGUUCAAAUAUAUGUACAGUCCACAUGCAAGAUAGAUAUUUACAUGUUUAUUUACAUACGUUAAUGUUACAAGUAUAUAGGGAAAAAAUAACUUGUGUACUACAUGUCCCAUUACUGAAUCUCAAUUUAAUUAAGAUAAAAAAAAGACAAAGAACUGUUUAAAACUCAAAAACAUGUCUGACCGUUUUAUAUAAGUUUGGGUUAUGAUUCAUGUGAAAUCCAUACUAGUAGUAUAGUAGCUUUGUGCCAAACGUCAAAAUGUAUCAAAUAUAUGUGAUGAAUUCUUGUUAUGAAAAUGAUCAUUUUCCAGUGAUCAUGGCAAAUUGUGAUAUUUUGUUUAUAUAUAUUUGUUUGUAAGUGUUGUUAUCUAACCUCUUGACACCAAGUACAUGUACACCUAAUAAGUCUCUCUCUCUAUAAUUUAUAUAUAUGAAGAUUCAUAGUUAGAUCCUUUCCCUUUUUCUGUUGUUUACUUGGAAAGAAAGAAUUGGGCCAUGUUUUAUUUUGUUUUUUUUUUUAAGUUCUUAACAAAUCAUGUCCUUCUGAUGAAUUUCACGACACCAUUUUGGAAGUGACAUCUUGUCAGUUACAUUAACUAGAAUUGUAGUCAUCUGGAUCUGUUUAUAGGAGAAUCUCGUUUGAUGUUAGAUAAAAUUUUCUUUUUUUAAAUUAAAGACAAUCUUAUGAAUAAAAUUUUAUAUUUUG